CCAUGCAACAAAAAACGUUGCCAUUUGCCUAGGUAUCUGAUUCGAACUCCUCCUCCUCUUCUUUCUUCUUCUCCUACUUAUUCUUUGUCUCAACUACAGUAAUGGCAGGAAACGGCAUUAAAAAACUUCGGAAACUGCCUCACGUGUUUGGCAAGGUUCUUGAAUUGCCGUUUCGGUCCGAUGCGGAUGUGGAGGUGGAAGAAAACCCAGAAUUCUUCCGUUUCGUGACCGAAAUCGGCGUGCACGGUGAUGUCAACAGCACCAUUGACAUUACUAACGUGAGAGCUGAGGCAGUGGAGAUACAUCCUGGAAUGACGAAGAUUGUGGUGAGAAAUGGAGCCAAAGGUGGCAAAGCGGAGUUGUUGUUGGAACAACUGAAGGUGGACACGUGGAGGUAUAGGUUGCCUGCGUCGGCGAAACCGGAGCUGGCUACGGCGGCGUUUGUGGACGGAGAGUUAAUCGUGACGGUACCAAAGGGUGAUAAUGGUCGUAGAGGAUUCGGCGGAAGGGACAACGUUUUGGUACGCAGGCUUCUUGUUGUGUAGCAGUGAGAGCAAAGUUCUGAUCCGUCCGUUCCAUUUUUGUAUGCAUUUUAAUUUAACUAUGCAUGAAAUUUAAGAAGAGGGCUCAGAAGUAACCGUAACAUUAUUUUCAUAUGAUUUAGAGGUUACGAGCCCUAUGAAAUUAACCUAUAUGAAUACAGAAUAAUUUAUGUACCCAUGUACGAAAUUUAAGAAUGCAAGAAAACUUUUCUUGA